UAAUAAUUCUAAUCAGGUCGGACGUCAAAUUAAAAUAUUUGUCGCUGAUUUUAGAAGAGGAUAAUACGAUAAAACAUGGCUGCACCGGCGAGAAUCUCUGUUUUGGCAAGAAGGCUGUCAACCUCAAGCAUACGUCAGGGUCAGUUGGUUAAGACACCCAUACAAGUGUAUGGAGUCGGUGGACGAUACGCCACAGCUCUAUAUUCAGCUGCUACAAAGGAGAAACAGCUGGAUCAAGUUGAUAAAGAUCUCAACGAUUUCCAGAGUUUACUGAAGAAAGAUGUGAAACUAGCAGAUUUUGUUGGUAAUCCAAUAGUAACAAAACAAGAAAAAUCGGGAGUUUUAACAAACUGGAUGAAGACCAACAAAUGUUCAAAAGUCACAACCAACUUUGUUAGCAUGCUAGCGGAAAAUAAUCGAGUGAAACAGCUGAAUGAGAUCUUCUCAGCGUGGAAUGAAAUUAUGGGGGCGCACAGGGGAGAGGUCGUCUGUACCAUCACAACAGCAAAACCACUAGAUGCAGCCGGCCAGAAGUCUAUAGAAUCUGCAAUGACAGGCUUCGCAAAGAAAAACCAGGUGCUUAAACUUAGCCUAAAGGUUGAUCCCUCUAUCAUCAGUGGAAUGGUCGUGGAAGUUGGCGACAAGUAUAUAGACAUGUCAACAGCAAGCAAAGUGAAAACAAUGACAAAUCUAUUGAAAGAAAAUAUGUAGGAAAAGCAAAUGGAAUGGAACCCAAUUCCGACAAUCUUAUCGCAGAAAAUUGAUGUAUAUUACGUCUAGAAAACUAAAUAACUAUGUAACAUUACCCUAAAUGUAUCUUCUAAAUAUAACUCACAAGAUAGAGCUGAAUUUAGAAUUUAAUAGAAUAAUUUCCCAUACCAUAUGUUACCUCAAUACAUACGUUUGCUGUGCUUGACAGUGAAAUAUGCUAGGUUGAAAUGGUUACUGGUGUUUAAAACUUAAUUAAAAUUAUUGAAU